AUGGAAACACGGGAAAUAAUACGAAGGACUUUAGAACUUCAAUUAGCUUUUAGCACUAUAUUUCUUUACCUUGAUUUCACAGGUUAUUUAUUUCCACCACAGGCCAACGUGAAAGAUGGUAAUGUCUAUGACUUCAUUGUGGUGGGAGGGGGAGCCGCUGGCAGCGUUAUAGCAUCUAGACUUACAGAAGUCAAGGAAUUCAACGUUCUAUUAAUCGAAGCUGGUUGUGACUCUCCAAUGCAAUGUUUAAUUCCCGGAUUGGUGCAGUAUAACCCGAAUUCCAUAGUUGAUUGGAACCAUACUGCUCAAAACGAUGGCUAUGCAGCACAAUGUCACAAAAACGGUGUAAUGAGGCUGCCACAAGGUAAAUGUUUAGGAGGGACCACUUGUUUUAAUUACAUGUUCUACAACCGUGGCAGUAAAUAUGACUACGAUAGUUGGGCAGAAAUAGCUAAAGACAGCACUUGGAAUUGGGAUAAUGUGUUACCAUAUUUUAUGAAAAGCGAAAAUUUAUUGGAUAAUGAUAUACUAAAGUCACCUGAUGGGGCGCUUCAUGGUACAAAAGGUUACAUUAAUGUGACGAGAGAAUUAAGUGAUAAGGCGCUCGAAUACCUUAAAGCACUCGAAGAAGUCGGAGAGACUUUAGUUGAAGAUGUUAAUGGGCAAGAAUAUCUAGGCUUUACUCAGCCAAUGUUAACAUUAUCAGGCGGCGUGAGGCAAAGUACAGGUGUUUGUUAUAUAACACCUGCCAAGGACCGCGAAAAUUUGAAAUUCAUGAAGAAUUCUUUAGUAUCAAAAAUUAAAUUUGAUGAAAACGGCAGGGCAAAUGGAGUAGAAAUAAUAACGAAAGAUCAAAAAACAAUAUCUGCUUACGCCAAAAAUGAAAUAAUUGUAUCUGCUGGAGUUAUUAACAGCCCAAAGCUCCUUAUGUUGUCAGGCAUUGGUCCUAAAAGACACCUUAAGUCCUUAAACAUAAAAGUUAUUUCAGAUUUACCAGUAGGCCGUAAUUUGCAGGACCAUAAUUUAGUACCAUUGUACAUUGAAAUGGAAGAAUCUAAAGAACCCCCUAUAUCUCGCAACCCUUACAAACAUCCCUUUGAUAUGGUCAAUGGUUUUGCAUCUUUAAAUAAGGAUAAAGCAUAUUAUGCAGAUUAUCAAAUACAAAUAUAUAUAGUACCCCAUGGUUCACAAAUGCCUGUACAGUAUUUUACUAAUGAUUUUAUGUACGAGGAAGAUAUCUCUCAAAGGUUAAAUGAAGGUAGUAACAGAGGAAAUGCUGCCGUGGCCUUGGUUGUCAAUCUCCAUCCAAAAUCUAAAGGACAGAUUCUUUUAAAAACCACAGACCCAAACGAUAGCCCUUUAAUUUAUUCAGGAAUUUUUUCUAACAGAAAAGAUUUGGAUAAUGCUGUUAAGCAUGUUAAAGAUUUUUUGAAAGUUAUGAAUUCAGAACGUUUUAAGAAAAAUAAUGCUAGUGUUGUAGACUUGUCAAAUAAGCGUUGUGGACCUUUUGAUCUUAAUAGUACCGUUUUUUGGGAAUGCUACAGCCGUUGCAUGAUAAACACUGCUUUUGAUAUGAUCGGCACAUGUGCCAUCAGCAAAGUUGUAGACAGUGAAUUAAAAGUUAUUGGGGUGGAUGGAUUGCGAGUAGCGGACGCGAGCGUCAUCCCCUUACCCAUCGGUGCAAACCUGUAUGCUCCGGUUGUAAUGAUUGCUGAAAAAGUAUCAGAUAUGAUAAAAAACGAGUACCAAAGCCAAAAUAAAUAA